AUGGCUAGUGGCAGUUUAGGUAAGUUUUUGUUUGAUGACCCUAUAACUAUCCUGAAUUGGGACCAAAGAUUUAGGAUCAUAAAGGGUGUGGCUUCUGGUCUUCUCUAUUUACACGAAGGAUAUGAACAAAUUGCGAUUCAUAGGGAUGUUAAGGCCAGUAAUGUAUUAUUAGAUGAUAAGCUGAAUGCACUGUUAGGAGAUUUCAGACUUGCAAAAUUGUAUGAACAUGGUUCAAAUCCAGGGACAAGUCUAAUUGUAGGCACAAUGGGAUAUAUAGCACCGGAUCUGCCCAAUACAGGAAAGGCCACAACAAGCUCCGAUGUCUAUGCUCUUGGUGCACUCUUGCUCGAGGUUGCUUGUGGGCGCAGGCCUAUUGAUCUCAAAGCAUUGCCCGGGGAAUUAGUGUUGGUUGAUUGGGUAUGGGAGAAGUUUAGGCAAGGGAGGGUCCUUGAUGUGGUAGACACUAGGCUCAAUGGCCAAUAUGAUGAAGGUGAGAUGAUGAUGGUGCUUAAGUUAGGCCUAAUUUGUUCAAAUGACGUGCCUGCGGGAUGGCCAAGCAUGAGGAAGUUAGUAAGGUAUCUUGAUGGAGAGGUUGACUUACCAGAAAAUUUGACACCACCGGCUGCAUUUCAUGGGGGAGCAGAGGGAUUUGACGCCUUUGAGGAGGAUGCUGAUGGUGGUGACAUUUUCUUUGACCGGAGCAAAGUAGAAGACGAUGGCAGUGAGCUUGUAAAGUUAUUAUCAAUUCCUCUGGCUGCAAUUACUCAGAUGACUUUGGAAAUCAAAGUUUACCUUCUUCUCCAUAAAGCAAUGACUGGAAAGAAAUACGACGUUUUCUUGAGUUUUAGAGGUGAAGAUACCCGCAAAAACUUCACAGAUCAUCUCUAUGAUGCUCUAAAUCGAAAUGGAAUUAUCAGUUUCAGGGAUGAUUCAAAGAUGGAUGCCGGUGAAGAGAUCGCACCACAACUUUUCCGAGCCAUUCAACAAUCGUGGUGCUCGGUAAUUGUAUUUUCAGGAACCUAUGCCUUUUCAAGUUGGUGCUUGGAGGAGCUUGCUGAGAUUGUUAAACAAAAAAACGAGAAAGGAGAUAAAGUGUUUCCAAUUUUCUGCGACGUGAAUCCAUCUGAUUUAAGAAAACAGAAAGAAAAAGUUGAAGAAGCAUUUGCCAAACAUGCAGAGAGAUACAAGGAAGAUAAAGAAAAGAUUCUAAGGUGGCGAAUUGCUUUGACUCAAGCGGCUAACAUCAAAGGAUGGCAUUUAAAUGACAGGCAUGAAUCAGAGUUUAUCGGAGAUAUUGUUAGAAAAAUAUCAGCAAAAUUAUGUCAGACAUAUCCAAUUGUUCAUGAUGAGUUGGUUGGAAUCAGUUCACGCUUGGACGAGUUGCAUUCCAAAAUAAAGUUUGGGGAAGAUGACAUCCGCAUCAUAGGAAUUUGCGGAAUGGGUGGCAUCGGUAAAACAACUCUCGCAAGAGUUGUAUACGACCAAAUGUCAUCUCAUUUUGAAGGUAAAUGCUUCAUUGCUGACGUUCGAGAAGUUUCAGACAAAUUUGGACUCGUUUCUCUACAGAAACAACUUCUUUUCCAGAUCUUGUCUGGUGAAGUCUUCGAAUUUUUCAAUGUUCAUGAAGGGAAUGCCAUAAUUAGACGCAGAUUAUCUAACAAAAAGGUCCUUGUUGUGAUUGAUGGUGUGGAUAAUUUACAGCACUUGAAAUGCUUGGUUGGAAGGCAUGAUUGGUUCGGUUUAGGGAGUAGAAUCAUUAUAACAACAAGAGAUGAGCACUUGCUCCAAUCUUACCGAGUUGAUGAUGUGUAUAAGCCUUCAACAUUGAAUGACAGCGAGGCACUUCAACUUUUCAGUUUGAAAGCUUUUGAUAGUGAGACAGCACCAACUGAUGUUUUCAUUGAGCUUUCUGAACAUAUUGCAAAAUAUGCCAGUGGUCUCCCCUUAGCUCUUGAAGUCUUGGGUUGUUUUUUGUGCGGUAGAGAUGUAGCUCAAUGGAGAAGUGCAAUCCAAAGACUUGAAAAGGAUUCUAACAAAGAGAUUAUUGACAGACUUCGAAUUAGCUUUGAUGGAUUGGAAGAAACAGAGAAGAACAUAUUUCUAGAUAUAGCAUGCUUCUUCAAUGGGGACGAGAAAGAUUUUGUAAUGAAAGUAUUGGAUGGCUGUGAGUUUUUCCCGGAUAUUGGAAUCGAUGUUCUCAUUAAGAAGUCUCUACUAACAGAUGACGAAAACAACAAAUUGUGGAUGCACAACUUACUACAAGAAAUGGGAAGAAGAAUUGUUCAGGAAAAAUCUAUUGAGGAGCCUGGAAAACGUUGUAGAUUGUGGGAGGAAAAGGAUGUAUAUCAUGUGCUAACGAAGAACACUGCCACGGAAGUGAUUGAAGGCAUGAUCGUUGACAAUAAAAGGGAAUCGAACAAGAUACUCAAUAUGAAUGUCGAUGCUGUCUUGAAGAUGAAAAAAUUGAGAUUGCUCAAAGUCCUUUGCCUCUCAAAUUGUGAUGAACUCAAAUAUCUUCCUAAUGAGCUACGUCUUUUAGAUUGGAUAGGGUAUCCUUUAAGAUUCUUACCUCCAAACUUCCAACCAGACAACCUUGUUGCACUUCUGUUACCAUACAGUCGCAUUGAACAACUAUGGAAGGGAAAUACACCCCUGUAUAAGUUGAAAGUGCUCAACCUCAAAGGGUCCGAAAACCUGAUCAAGACACCGGACUUUACAACAGCCCCAAAUCUGGAAAUUUUGAUAUUGGAGGGUUGUACAAGAAUAGUAGAUGCUCAUCCAUCAGUCGGAGUUCUUUCGAGGCUUAAACUUUUGAAUUUAAGAAGCUGCACAAGUCUUAGGAAUCUUCCAACCAAAAUUGGAAUAGAAUCUCUUGAAACAUUAAUCCUAAAAGAUUGUACAAACCUUAUUAGUCUCCCAAGCAGCAUAGGUGGGUGUAAAUGUCUAAAAACUCUUGAUCUUUCAGGUUGCUAUAAAGUUGCAAAUUUGCCGGAGAAUUUGCAGCAAGUAGAGUUGUUGGAAGAGCUUGACUUAAGUGAAACAGCCAUAGCAAAACCACCAUCCUUCAUUUUUCAACUUAAAAAUCUUAAACUUUUGUCUUUGAGUAGGCUCAAGACACCAUCAUCUAAGUUAGCACCAAAUCUACCUUCUCUUUUCCAGGUAUUCCAAAGAGGACGGAUCGAGUCUGUGCCUCUUAUGUUACAUUCACUGUCAGGUUUGAUUUCGUUAAGAGAGCUGAAACUAAGGAACUGCAAUCUUCGUGAAGGAGAUAUUCCAAGUGACAUUCAUUGUUUACCCUAUUUGGAAAAGCUUGAGCUUGGUGGUAACAAUUUCAUCAGCGUACCUGUGUCUGUUAUUAGAUUUCCCAGUCUUCAAUAUCUUGGAUUGUCAAAUUGCAGGGAGCUCAAAUCGUUUCCUAGUCUUGGUGCUUCUCUAGAACUAUUUGCAACUCCAUCAAAUAUUUGCAAUGCAGUGGAUUUGACACGGUUUAAUGGUCUUCACUGCUACAAAAUUGUUGAGAAUAUCAAUGCAUCAACAAUGCUGAAAAUCUAUCUUAAGAUAGUUGCAUGUUUAAGAAAAAGUUUUGAUGUUGUUAUGCCCGGAGGUGAAAUCCCAAAAUGGUUCAGCCAUCAAACAGUUGGCUCUUCAAUCAAGAUACCAUUGCCUAACAAUAUUCAGAAUGAUAGUCAAUGGAUCGGAGUUGCUUUCUGCUGCAUUUUUGUCAAUGAUGAUGCUUCAAGGGAUGAGGAACUCACAUGUGAUGCUGUUAUCCAUCAUAGGAAUUCUGGACAGGCUGAUUCUGAUGGAUCUGGUUUUCGGGGUACAAAUCCUCGACGUGUCUCAGGAGACGGCUGGAUUUUUUCUAAAGAAUAUAACCAGCCCAUAAUAAAGGACCACCUUUAUUGUUGUUUUUUGUUCCGUGACAGAUUAUAUCCAUUUUCCUUAGAGGAUAAAUGUGGUGAAAGUGAAACUGAGAAUUCAUCAACAUUGGAUUGCUCAAAUCAGGAAUUCGAUGAACUCCAGUUUUCAGUCACAUCCGAUGAUAGUCACAUAAGUGUUAAGGUGAACAAAUGUGGGCUUCAAAUAGUUUAUCAGAAAGAUUUGGAAGAUAUCAAUGAAGAUUCCGCCGCAGAUGGAUUAAUAGCUGAAGGUCCCCUUAUAAAACUGCCAUGCAGGGACAGUGUCACGGGCACAUGUGGGGGAGUGCAUGCAGGGGAGAGACGCAUGGAGUGCAAUGCGUCUUCGGGGGGAGGGGAUAGACGCAUGGAGUGCAAUGCGUCUUCGGGGGGAAAGGGGAGGGACACAUGA